UUUACGUUAGAUUGCAUGUUGUCAUAUCUAUCAUGAAGCAAACAAACAGUGCUAGAAAUCAAUACUUUGCAACAUUUGUCUUAAACCUGUUGGGCAUCAGUUAUGGAGCAAGUUCCGGUUGGAUGUCCCCGUCGAUUCCUAUUUUGAAGUCGCCGGAAUCGCCGUUACCUAGUGGACCGAUUAGUUCGGAGGAAGGCUCCUGGAUAGGAGCCACCCUUUGUCUAGGAGGACUCGUGGGGAACAUUGUGUCGUGCUGGAUGGCCGAUCGGUACGGGCGGAAGUGGACUGCAUACACUGCAGUGAUUUCACAAAUGAUUUCCGGGGUGUUGAUUAUUGUUGCGAAAAACGUGUAUCAUUUGAUAGCGAUGCGAUUCCUGGCUGGAUUUGGAGGUGGAGUCUGCUAUAUGGUAAUUCCUAUGUUCAUCGCGGAAAUCGCAGAAGACAGGAUCCGUGGUCUACUUGCAUCGACACUGGUAUUUUCGAGUAAUCUUGGCCUUCUGAUUAUGUACACACUGGGGGCCUAUUUACCGUACGAAAUCGUGCCUUACAUACUGAUUGUCGUUCCAGUAGUUUUCCUAGUAGGAUUUCCAAUGAUUCCAGAUACACCUUUCUAUUUGAUGAGGAGAAACGAGCCCCAGCGAUCGGAAAAUUCUCUCAGGUUCUAUCGUGGAUAUCGCCCCGGGACGCAACAUGUUUCUAUCGAAUUCCAUCAGGAGCUUGGCAGGCUGAAGGACAUUUUUGGUGACGGUGAAAAGCAAGCCAUUCAGAUCAAUCAAAUCACGUGGAGGGAUUUAGUGACACCCCACGCCAGGAAGGCAUUCCUGAUUGGAAUCAGCUUGAUGGCAUUUAACCAAUUUUGUGGUUGUUUUGCAAUGCUCAACUACACGGCAACGAUUUUUGCAGAGUCCGGAUCAACGCUGCCCGUAAACAUGUCCGCUAUUGUGACCGGGUCCAUACAGAUGGUUGGGUCGUACUUUUCAACUAUGUUGGUCGAACGUGCUGGGCGAAAGCUGCUGCUAAUUAUUUCCGGCGCUGGAAUGGCAAUUGGUCUUUCAAUUUUCGCUGGAUAUUCAUAUGCCAAAAAUAUUGGCCAUGACGUGGAGUCGUUAACUUGGCUGCCGCUGGUAUGUUUUUCGUUUGUGAUUUUGCUCGCUUCCCUAGGUGCCCUGCCCUUGCCAUUUGUGGUCCUGGCCGAGAUUGUUCCACAGAAGGUUAAAGGAUUUAUCUUCAGCUUCUGUAUGGGUAUCUCAUGGUUCUUUGCCUUUAUGUCUGUUAAGUUCGUUUCAACUUUAUUCGAGUUACUUGGAAUGCACGGAACGAUGCUGGUAUUUUCGAUCUGUUCGCUGAGUGGUGCAAUUUUCGUGGCAAUCGUCGUACCGGAAACCAAAGGAAAAAGUUUCAGUACCAUCGCUAAGCUCAUGAGUUGAAGAAAAAAGAUGAUA